AUCUCCGAUUAUUGAUUUUUUGUAUCGAAGCCCUUUUGUCUCUUGUCUGAAAUCAAUCUGAAAAAAGAAGAACUGGAAUCGCCGUAAAGUGGAAUUUUUUUGGUUAGAUUGUAUAAAAGGGCGUGAUUAAGGAAGAAGAAGAAGAAGAUAAAAAGGGGAUUUUUUGGUUGUUGUAAUCUGGGAAAGUUUGGGACUUUGUAUCGAUCUCAGAUGGUGAAAAGACCAAGUCUCAGUUUGAAAACUUGAUGAAUUCUGGUGUUGAGAAUUAGAAACUAUGUGGAAACAGAUUCUAAGUAAGCUUCCCAACAAAAAGUCUUCAAAGCACGAACAUCGUGGUGGACGUGAACACGGUGGCCAUUCUUCUUCAUCUUCUCAUACUUCUGGUGCCUCUACUUCGAAAAACAGUGAUAAUGGUACCGGGAAAUCAGGGAAUUCGCAUGCUAAGAACGCUUCAGCUGGUGGAAAAUCGGCUGCUUCUGACUCGGGUUAUAAAGAUGGGAAUCUAAAGAAUAGUGGGAACAACAACAACAACAGCAACAACAACAACAACGGAGUCUUUACUCCUUAUGAAGCAUUGCCGAGUUUUAAAGAUGUUCCAAACACGGAAAAGCAAAACUUGUUCAUAAAGAAGUUGAACUUGUGCCGUGUAGUGUUUGAUUUCACAGAUCCUACAAAGAAUAUCAAGGAAAAAGAGAUUAAGAGGCAGACAUUACUGGAGCUUGUGGACUAUGUGAAUUCUCCGAAUGGAAAGUUUAGCGAAGUGGGUAUCCAAGAAGUCGUUCGAAUGGUCUCUGCUAACAUAUUUAGAACGUUAAAUCCUCAACCACGGGAAAAUAAAGUUAUUGAUGCCUUAGACCUGGAGGAGGAAGAACCUUCCAUGGAUCUUGCGUGGCCUCACUUGCAGCUUGUGUAUGAGCUUUUCUUGAGGUUUGUUGCUUCGCCUGAAACUGACACUAAGUUGGCGAAGAGAUAUAUAGAUCAAUCUUUUGUCUUGCGGUUACUCGAUUUAUUUGAUUCAGAGGAUCCUAGAGAAAGAGAUUGUCUGAAAACCAUUCUCCAUCGGAUCUAUGGUAAAUUUAUGGUACACCGACCUUUCAUCAGGAAAUCCAUAAACAACAUCUUCUAUAGGUUUGUUUUCGAAACAGAGAAACAUAACGGGAUUGCUGAGUUUCUUGAAAUCUUGGGUAGUAUCAUCAAUGGAUUUGCUCUUCCCUUGAAAGACGAGCACAAAGUGUUUCUUGUCCGUGUUUUGAUACCUCUCCACAAACCAAAAUGUUUGCAAAUGUAUCAGCAACAAUUGUCUUAUUGUAUCACACAGUUUGUGGAAAAGGAUUGCAAACUUGCUGAUACAGUUAUAAGAGGAUUGUUGAAAUAUUGGCCCGUGACAAAUAGUUCCAAAGAAGUCAUGUUUCUGAAUGAGUUGGAGGAAGUACUCGAAGCAACUCAGCCACCAGAAUUUCAACGGUGCAUGGUACCACUGUUUCGCCAAAUAGCCCGAUGUUUGAACAGUCUGCAUUUUCAGGUUGCAGAGAGAGCUUUAUUCUUAUGGAACAACAAUCACAUUGAGAAUCUGAUAAUGCAGAACCGUAAAGUCAUUCUUCCAAUUAUAUUCCCUGCGCUGGAGAGAAAUGCACAGAAACAUUGGAACCAAGCUGUUCAUAGCUUGACACUAAACGUGCGAAAGAUAUUUCAUGACCUUGACCCUGAGUUGUUCAAAGAAUGCCUUGCUAAGUUCAAGGAAGAUGAAUCAAAAGCAGCUGAAAUCGAAGCAAAACGUGAAGCCACUUGGAAACGAUUGGAAGAACUCGGUGUGCGAAAGGCUUCAUAAAGUUAGAGCUGUAGACAAGAGAGAGAGCUUCUGUGUCUUAUAUCGGAAUUGGCAUGUUCUUCAGAUACAUACUUGAGAAGAGAAAAGUUUCAUAUUGGUCUCUUCGUUUGAAACGAAAGGAAACUCAAACAUGUAAGAUUGUUCCCGUUUUGAUUUCCAUUAUUUUUAUUUCUUGUUAAUGGGUUUAUUUUUGCUACAUUGUAUGAUGAUCUCUUGUUCCACUUUCUUGAGACUUGUCUGAUUCAUUUCAUCUUCUGCUUUGAUGAUACCUGCAAAAAUUGCAGCUAUAGGAUUUGCCUCUCUAAAAGAUUCAGUAUGUUGGUUGUUGUAUUAAAUAUUCUUCCUUUUG